GCGCAAAGUUGUGUUGACGGCAGGAGCGGCAGGAGUUGUCAGCGGAACAGCCUGCAUUAGACGAAUGGAGUAACAAUAAACAUCUUUCUCCCUGUUACCAUUUAGACGUGUUGUUUACACCGCCCACACAACGACACCAUGGCAGACGACCAGUCCUCUCAACCCUGGUCAAUCGACAGGGAUGACUACGAACUCAAUGAGGUGAUAGGGAGCGGAGCCACUGCAGUUGUCCAGGCAGCAUACUGCAAACCCAGAAAGGAGAAGGUGGCCAUCAAACGCAUCAACCUGGAAAAGUGUCAAACUAGCAUGGACGAGCUCUUGAAAGAGAUCCAGGCCAUGAGCCAGUGCCACCACCCGAACAUUGUGUCUUAUUAUACCUCCUUUGUGGUGAAGGAUGAACUGUGGCUGGUGAUGAAGCUGCUCAGUGGUGGCUCAGUGUUGGACAUCAUCAAGCAUAUCAUCUCUCGUGGCGAGCACAAGACCGGAGUGCUGGAUGAGGGCAGCAUCGCCACCAUCCUGAAAGAAGUCUUGGAGGGGCUGGAGUACCUUCACAAAAAUGGGCAGAUUCAUCGGGAUCUAAAAGCUGGAAAUAUUCUUCUUGGGGAAGAUGGCUCAGUGCAAAUUGCUGACUUUGGCGUGAGUGCCUUUCUAGCAGCAGGAGGAGACAUGACAAGGAACAAGGUUCGGAAGACAUUUGUGGGGACGCCAUGCUGGAUGGCCCCUGAGGUCAUGGAGCAGGUCCGCGGCUAUGACUUCAAAGCAGACAUCUGGAGUUUCGGGAUAACAGCUAUUGAACUGGCCACUGGAGCUGCACCAUAUCACAAAUACCCACCCAUGAAGGUGCUGAUGCUGACUUUGCAGAACGACCCUCCCUGUCUGGAGACGGGCAUCACAGACAAGGAAAUGGUGAAGAAAUAUGGCAAGUCCUUCAGGAAGAUGCUCUCCCUGUGCUUACAGAAAGACCCAGAAAAAAGGCCAACUGCAGCCGAGUUGCUGAAGCAUAAAUUCUUCACAAAAGCCAAAAACAAUGAGUAUUUGCAGGAGAGGCUCCUACAUAAAGGCCCGACAAUAACAGAGCGGUCCAAAAAGGUGCGUCGUGUCCCCGGCUCGAGUGGACGUCUCCACAAGACGGAGGAUGGCGGUUGGGAGUGGAGUGACGAUGAGCUGGACGAGGAGAGCGAGGAGGGCAAAGCUGCCGUGGCAGCUCUGCGGUCACCCAGAGUGAAGGAGGGGUCCCAGAAUAUGGAGCUUUUCCCGCCAGCAGAUAGCUCCACGGGACAUCUCAAGCCACCUGGCGCUGCCCAUGAGAGCCCUGCAAAUGUGGGCCAGGCUCCACCACAAGCUCCCACUCAAACAGCAAGCCCUUCACAUGCACCCACUGCUCAGGAUCCAGCUGCAGCCAAUGCCAGUGUUCCCAUCAGCCUCGUCCUGAGACUGAGGAAUCUCAAGAAGGAACUCAAUGACAUCCGAUUUGAGUUCAUGUCUGGCAGAGAUUCUGCUGAUGGAGUUUCUCAGGAGUUGGUCUCAGCAGGUCUGGUUGAUGGGAGAGACUUGGUCAUUGUUGCAGCCAAUUUGCAAAAGAUUGUUGACGAUCCUCACAGUAACAAAAAUGUGACUUUUAAAUUGGCAUCUGGCGUGGAGGAGUCUGAAAUUCCUGAUGAUGUUAAACUCAUUGGAUUUGCGCAGCUCAGCAUCAGUUAAGUCAAAUAGAGCCAGUGACAGAAGGACAGAAACAAAUGGUAUUGCACAGCUGCAUUGUAGUCAAUAAGUCCAAGAAACCACUACUGCCAAAGAGUGGAGGAUGAGGAGGAGACAUGAUGCUGGCAGCAGUGUGACGAGACUGCAGGAUACAUGAGGACCAGAUUGAGAAGGGGCUCAGUUCAUCACAGGAAUCACACUUGAAACAGUUUACAGUGCGCUUAUACAGUAAAUGGGAGACGAGAUGCAAUCAACUAUAUCAACUCCUAAUUUCUUUGUCUUUUUUUUUUCUUCCUCUUCAUACAUAAGCACAAUCCAAACCAAUCUCCUGCCAGUACUGGAAGUGAUUGCCUUUUUUUUUGUUUCUUUAAAUCAACUGUGCCACAAGAGUGUCGUGCAACCUUUAAAUGGCACUUUAUGCUACACUGAAAUUGAAAAGUGUAAAUUCAGCCUUAGUUACUCAAACUAUAGAUUUUACCAGUCCAUUGGGUGAAAAAUUUAGUCUAUCUGUGUAUUUGGCGUAUGCUAUUUACGCCUAUCCCAGAAAUCUAAGAAAAUGACCUAUAAACACAGUAGCUUAGUUUUAGUUUUGUAAUUCUGUAAAUUCAGAUGGAUUUUUACUUAACAUAUAAUAAAAUGACCAGAUUUCUGUAUAAGGCAGCCCAGGGCGUGUGGUGUUUUCUCAAAACAUAACCAAGGUUCCGACUGACUGCACUGCUGAAAUCAUAUAAACAUACAUAAAUCAACUGUAACUGUCUAAUUACUGCAGUUACAACACUGUCAGAUGGCGUUUUUCCAAGGUAUUCAAAGACGGCAUUAUGUUGACAAAUUGAAACCUGCCUAAUAUUCUUGUACUAUGCAAUAGGUAUUUUCUUUUCACCGUAUGUGACCACUGGUUGCUGAUAUUUCUUUUGAGUUGAAUAAAUCCAAUUUUUCUGCGUGUACCUCACUAGGAGUUCAUGAAGUCAAACAACCAGCUUUGGGUACCUGCAGUGUGCACGUUCACAAACAGUCACCAUAGUGAAAACUGAACACACCAAUGGACAGACAUGGGUAAUAACUGCUGUUAACUAUGUACCCUUGUAAAUCACCUCUGAAGCUUGAUUUAUGAUCCUGUAUCGAAUCUACUACACUCGAAGCAGAAGUAUAAAUCAGGCUUAAGAGGUGAUUUUGCCUGUUUACUAUUAUUGUUGUUACAGCUGGGAAGAAUCUUGAAUGCUGGCAAUGAGUGCCGAGCCUAGGGCUGCUUAUAUUACAAGCUGACUGCUGAUGAACUUCUGUGGAGGUGUACAUGGUCAAAAACUGAAAAUGUUCCACCAAACUGAAAUAAAGCUUAAAGGGGCAGUUCAUCCAAAUGGCAAAAAAAAAAUUAUAUACUCUAAAAAAUAUACAGUAUAUAGAUUGUGUCACUUGCCUCUAGUGGUAUUUAGCCAUGCAGAGAGUUUUGAUCUUAUUUGCAGAGGUUUUGAGUUGUUUGUCAAAAUUUCAAUUUGUCCAAAUACUAAAUGCCUGCAAACGAACAUUCCCAUCAGCCUCAGCUGUAUGUUGUGUUGCUAAUUUAGCAAAUGUUAGAACACUCUCAAGAUGAUGAUGAUGAACAUGGUAAACAUUAUACCUGCUAAGCAUCAGCAUGUUAGCAUUGUCAUUCUGAACAUGUUAGCAUGCUGACAUUAGCAUUUAGGUCAGUGCACUGGAGUGCCUAAGUAGAGACUCACAGAGCUGCUAGCAUGGCUGUAGACUCCUGUGAGCACUAUGAACAAAAUCCCAUUCAUCCCCAUUGUAUUGAGGGACAGUAGAAAUCUGUACAUCUGGAUACUGCUAAAGGUAAAGGUUUUAUAUGUUGGAUGAAGUGUAACCCUUUAAACUUCUCCAGGAGCCAGGUAUUACUUUAGUUCUUUUGUCAUUAGGCAAAUUGUUUUACAGGACUGUAGUCUCUUUGCUUUAUAAACACUCACCAAAAAAACACUGUCGUCACUCCCAGUGUAGCUGUAUGGUUGUUUAGUACCACGUGCAAAGGGCUGUGAAAUAGCUCCAAGUUCAGGUACUGAUGUAAAUGGUGUAUGUAAAGAUGUUGUAAAUGUAUGUAUGAUGGCAACCCCAUGCACUGUUACACAAACAUGAGGUUUGUAUGUAAUGAUGUAGAUGCAUUGACUGUUUUAAGUGUUUAUGUCAGAUAAAAGGAACAUUUUGCUUAUGUAAAUAUUGAUUAAUGUAAGCAGACCGACUCAUGAGUUUAAUUUGUUUUGUAGUGGUGUUUCCCACUGUUGGCCUUUUUCAGAGCAUCACUUACCAUGCACAACUUGUUUGUUUAAUUGGCACCUUAUUGAUCUGUUAACAUUAGUACUUUUGGAAUUACAUGGGGCUUGUAAUCACACACUCUUGUGCUAAGAUGUCAUGAUAUGCAUUUUUUUUUCUCACUCAAAACCUGUCCAACGCUAAUGGAUGAAAUGUCAUUUUUAUAGACGGAUGGCACAGGUUACACUUCUCUCUCUCUCUCUCUCCGUGUAUGUAUGCGAUUUUGGUGAUAAAAUGAUGGACCAUCAAAGGCUUUGAGUUGAAAGUCACUUGGAUUUACUAAAUUUAUUUCCCCAUUAUUGUUUAUUCAUCAGAAAACCAUCAUUCUGCAUCUUUAUGGGGUCACUGAAUAAGUAUUAAUUUAAUCACUCGAUUGGCAAGUACACUUUAAUUUUUUUAAACGCUUGUUUUUGUUUUACAGAUCAUUACGUAUAUUUUUUAAUUUUGAUUAAUUAUAAAAUGUGUACAUCAAAAAAUGGAUAAUUUGAAGUGGAAAGAGAGAAAGAGAUUCCUUGACAUAUAUAGAUUAUUGGAAAAUGUCAACACAUGCAGAUGAUUUUUAGUAGCUGAAUAAAGUCACAUGAUGGAAUUCAA